AUGUUCAGCAUCAAGCGCUACCUCGGUUUCGUUUACCGGUUCGAGAGCUUGGAGAAUAUCACGUUCAGCAUGAAUGUGGCCUUUGAGGACGAGUUUGGCGCCCCGUACCAUUCCACGCAAGAGGGAGAGAACACUUCAGCACACCGACAGCACGGCUUGGUUCCACUUGAGAUGCUCUACAUAAGCGAUAUCAGGAACGCAAUCACCGAUGACAUUGACGAUGUUGUCUAUGCAUACAACCAAACCCUGUAG